AUGGUGGGAAUCAUACUGCAGCUUCUCUUCCUGGCAAACAUGUCCUACCUCUACGGCGUCCUCUUUAAGUCUGGGUCCCGAGCUCAGGCGUUGAAGGUGCUUGCAGUUGACUAUGACGGUGCUGAAAUUGGAAAAUCAUUGUCACUCGCAUAUCAAGCACUUGAAGCCAAAACGUUUCCCACUCUUGAGUACCGGUCGAUAUCCGAGUAUCCCAAUCCAGAUUUACUGCAAGAAGCUGUUUGCAAAGGUGGUUACUGGGGAGCUAUCUACACCCACUCCGACGCGUCGACUCGUCUCAUGGAAGCUAUUCAGGGGGAAAAUACAACUGAUUAUGACCCAAGAAAGACGAUUUCUUACAUAUUCAACGGAAUAUACUAUCCGGUCAUCACUUCAUCCAUUAUCGACCCAGGCAUGAGGGCCCUUGUCAGCGCAGCCUCUCGGAUCUAUUAUCGUGUUGCCAAUGAGGCACGCUCAGCCGUCAACCUCAGCGACCCUGUUUCUUCCAAUAUAUUUCUCAACCCAAUUGAGGCUUCUUUCAUCGACCUUAUGCCUACGAGUCAAGGAUCUCGGGUUCUAUUCAACACCGUCUCGAUGGUUAUGCCGAUCCUGAUGCAAUUCUUCUUUUCCAUGGCCAUGAACGGCAUCUUUACUGAGACUGGCGUAUUUACCGAGCUUUCAAAGCGCGAUAUAUACCUUAUUCGGUUGAUUAUUAGCAAGGUAUACACUCUGCUGUGUGGAAUUGGCAUGUCUGGUUAUAUCUGGGCAUUCCGCGAAGACUGGGGCGCUUCCCGAGGCCAGUUCUUUGAGACCUGGAUGUGCCUUUGGUUUUACAUGGAAGUCAACUAUCUCGUUGUGGAUUCAAUACUUGAUGUGGUGGUGCCCAUCAAAUUCUUUGCCUUCUUUUUCCUCACCUGGAUUAUCCUCAACGUCGCCAGCACAAUUUGGCCUUUUGAACUCUCAGCAGGCUUCUAUCGUUGGUCCUAUGCGUUGCCUGCGCAUAGCACUUGGACCCUUCUCAUGACGAUAUGGUCAGGUGGAUGCAAGGCACAGAAUGAAGUUGCCUUGCCGGUACUGUCUGGGUGGUGGGUGGUUGGGCAUUUGACAAGCGGCUGGGCAGUGAGAAGGAGAUGCUUGAUGAACGAGAGUAUGGAUGAGGCAAAGACACUGGAGAUGGAUGGGUCAGCCAGUGUGAUGAAGGACCCAGGACAAUGA